UGUUGGUAUACAGAAUCGACAAUGCCCACGCGGUUUCUAUGGUAGCAGUUGCCAGCAUACGUGUCCAAUGACUUGCAAUAACCAGCAAUGUAACAUUGACGAAGUUGGUCGUACUUCUUGUGUUGACGGAUGUGUGGAUGGAUACAGAGGCAUCUCAUGCAGAAUCCCAUGUCCAGUGAAUUGUCAAGUGUGUGAACGUUUCAACGGCAGCUGUAUUAGCUGUAAGGAUACCUUUCAUGGUACAAACUGUACUCUCACAUGUGAAGAGUUGUGCCAGGGAUUCCGGUGUGACACAGACAAGACAUGCUCUAAAACCACGUGUCUUGACGGGCGGUAUGGACAGAACUGCAGUAACAAGUGCGACCCCCGGUACCUGACAUGUACCCAAUCUACUGGAGACUGCACUGCCUGCAGAGAUGGUUACUAUGGACAGAACUGUGAGCAUGAUUGUCCUCCGUGCAGCUUUACACGCGGUAGUAUGGAUCAGAUAUGUAAGGAUGGAUGCAAGACGACUCCAUGUACAGACACCACACCCGGCGACUCUGGAAAUACUGUCCUGCUGCGCCUGUCUUUGUCUGCGGUUCUACUGGUACUGGUCACUUUAAUCGCCUUGAUACUGCUUCUGUGGCGGCUCAUGAAGAAAAAGGCGGGAGACAAAAAGGAUCAAGAGCGACUGCUAACGGAAGAUGCUGACAGACAGUCACCGCUUUUGUCAAGAGAUAGAGAGGAUCACUGAACCUGACCAGACCAUCAGCUACAAUGUUGUUCACCAAAGUUCUUCCUGAUGAAACCCUACAAAUCCUCCAUCAAGCAUUUCCAACCGAGAUCAACCGCUGGAUACCAACCUCUCCAUACACACAGCCAUCAGUGUCAUCUCAAUCUUCUUCACCUGUGGAGACGACACCUACGAACAGAUCCACGGGUUCCCCAUGGUAUCCUCUCUUUCUCCCCAAUGUCCCAUUUUAAUGCUAUACUGCUGUUCACUUCUAAUUCGGUUGUGGUCUUAAGUAGUUCUAAAAAACAUGGGAAUGUCUGAUUAAAAGUAAUCACCUCACAG